CCUCGACCCCUGUAUCUCACCUUGCCCAAGCCACGAGCACCCAAUACUUCAGAUCGAGUCAAGAGGCGAAGAGAAGCCUUUUCGGAAGUGGAUCAACUGUGAACCAAACCUCGCCAUGGCAGCCCCAGCCGACGUUUCGAGGCACAUUUGGCGUCUUGUCCACCUGCCUCUAACACUUGGUCUUUGCGUAUGGUCAGCCAUUCACCUCAACCGCGAAUCUGAGUGGGUGCGAUGGCACCAGGAUACGUGGGUGCGGAUUAACAUUGAGCCAGCAUGGAAGGGAACGGAAUUAGCGAGGCCAGAGCUUUUUCGCAAAUUCCAUGGUUCUCGAAAAAUAAGGAAACCAAAAUAGGGUGACAACAUGGAUAGCGUCGGCAGUCACAUUUUCUUUCCUGUCGUAUCAUCGGGACCUGGUUCUAGGAGGUGGGCUGUCGGGCUUGGUAAAGAGAAGGCCUCUCCUGAGCCAACCACGGAAAACGGGGGAUCUUACUGCUACAAUCGGAAGGAAGGGAACUCAAAUCCUAGUAAGUGCUGGGACUUUAUCAGAUCUAACGAUGAGCGUGCGCAGCCCACGGGACCGGCGCCGCAAUUAGUGUCUCG